CAUUUCUACUUAAAAAAAAAGUUUUAUUUUUGUUUGUAUUAUGUUCAAUUCAUAAACAAAAGUGGCAACAGCAUCGAAUCUUGUAUUAAUUUUCUUGAAGGAGGACAAUAAUGGCCGUCCUGAGAUUGAGAGUAACAAGAAGAAGUUGACAGCUCCAAGGUUAUAAACUUCAUACCUACACUGUCUGAUAACAUCUAUAUACAAGAAUUUUAGUAUUCUCAGGAGAAUAUGAUGAGUAGAUACCCUUGUUAUUGUCUGCACUGCAACUAGGUAUUCUUUAUGUCCUUUUAACUUUAACGCUUCCUACUUCCAUUCAUUGGAGACAUGGUUUCAUCUACCAGUUAACUCCAUUUUCACUCGUAAAACCUUCAUACCAAUAAGCUUCACAUCUCGUAAACCUUCAUUAAUGAAUAUUUCAUUCAUUAUCAAUGUGGUUCUUCUGCUUGCAAUUAUACUGCUCUUGCUGCUUUACUACAACACAUACACGAGGCUGAAUAAAAUAGUGAAGGGGCAGAUUCACACAGUCAUAGAAAAAGAGGAUGACGUGGAGAUCGGUGUUGAAAAGAAGAUAGAGAUAGGAGAGGGGACAGUGAUUAUGACAGUGGAACAGAGAAAGGGGCUGAUAUUCUUUAAUGAUAACCAGAAAUUUCAAAUGGGUGAACUUCUUAGAGCUUCUGCUGAGCCUCUGGGUCAUGGGAUCUUGGGAAACAGUUAUAAGGCUAUGCUGAAUGGUGGACCUACCAUUGUCGUCAAAAGGCUAAGGGACUUGAAGCCAUUUACAAAGGAGGAAUUUGAAAAGAUAGUGAAUGCGAUUGCUGAUAUGAAGCACCCCAAUUUGUUGCCUUUGCUAGCUUACUACCAUUCCAGAGAUGAGAAGCUCAUGCUUUACAGUUUUGCAGGGAAUGGAAAUCUUUUCUCCCGACUUCAUGAUAGAGGCGGAAACAGGGCUCCGUUCAGUUGGAACUCAAGAUUGUCAGUUGCAAGAGGAGUGGCUCGAGCAUUGGUGUACCUGCACCUCAACCACAAGUUCCAAAACGUUGUUCCACACGGCAACUUGCGGUCUUCAAACGUACUAUUCGAUGAAAACGAUGCGGUUCUUGUUUCUGACUUCGGUCUUGCCUCCUUGAUAGCACAACCUAUUGCAGCUCAGCACAUGGUUGUUUACAAAUCACCUGAAUAUGGGUACGCAAGAAAGGUGACGAUGCAAUCCGAUGUGUGGAGCUAUGGUUCACUUUUGAUAGAGCUUCUGACAGGAAAAGUAUCUAUUAACUCGGCUCCACAAGGAACGAAUGGCGUGGAUCUAUGCAGUUGGGUUCAUAGAGCUGUGAGGGAAGAAUGGACUGCUGAGAUAUUUGACAAAGAAAUAUCUGGGCAAAAGAGCGCACUUCCUGGGAUGCUGAGGUUGUUGCAGCUUGCAAUGCGUUGCAUUGAGAGGUUCCCUGAGAAGCGGCCUGAGAUGAGAGAGGUGAUGAGAGAAGUGGAGAAAAUACAGGCCCCAGUGAUCACUGAAGAUGAUGACGAUGUGUCUGGGGAUAGGUCCCUAACUGAUGAUUCUCUUUCAACCAGUACCUCUAUCAUUGGAGAUGAAAGAUAGAUUAUGAUACCCAUUUGACUUUUAAUCUUGUUUUAACAUCAAGGUACACGUUAUUAUGCAUGUUUGUUUCUCUUUCAUAGUAAACUUUUAAAUCCACUCUUAUCUCGCCAUUUACUACAGAUGAAAUUGCAUUCAUUUGGUCUGAUUUCAUCUCAUGUAUUUUCGUCUGAAAACAAGCCUGACCAAAGUAUACAGUAGUACUUCCUAACGGCCCAAAAAUUCUACCAAGACCUUAUGAAGAAAUAAAAUAUACAGAAAUACUUCAUCAUAUGCCAUGUUGCAUGAACAUGUAUGACUGAAAGAUAUACAACAAGACUAGCAUAAAACAAGUUAUCUACCAACUUUCUAGUUAAAAUAAAUUAUUGCCUCUAAAAACCUCAAAAUAAAUAUUUUCAAUAUUUCUUAAUAUUUAUAAAAUACUAAGGCAAUACUUAUAAUAUUAAUGCGUACAGGUGGUAAGAUAGCCAAAAUAAUCCAGUAAAAUUCUGAUUAAAAGUUGGUUUAUGAGUUGCAACCCAAUUAGGUUCCAACUUUCAAGGGUGGAAGACAGAUUUAAAUCCAGUAAAAUUCUGAUUAAAAGUUGCCACUAGGGAGUCCAAUAAUCGGUAAUCUGGAAACAAAUAACAGUGACAGACAAUAAAAAAAAAACACAAGAACUUAAAUAAGUAGACCUUACAAAAACAAAAAAAGGUCAAGUUACUACUGAAGUCUUGGAGUCCAUUUCACGUCUCAUAAUUUUAUUGAAAAAA